AUGGCACCGAAGGAUGAAGAACUUACUGCCUUUCGCACCCCUAAAGGUAUAUACUGCUACAAGGUAAUGCCUUUUGGUUUGAAGAAUGUUGGUGCUACAUAUCAAAGUGCCAUGCAAAAUAUUUUUGAUGACAUACUUCAUAAAAACAUGAAGUGUUAUGUUGACGACUUGGUGGUAAAGUCAAGGAAGAAAGAUGGUCACUUGCAAGAUUUGAGGAUGGUAUUUGAAUGGCUUCGGAGAUACCAACUCAGAAUGAAUCCGUUGAAGUGCGCCUUUGGAGUUACUUCUAGGAAGUUCUCGUUUUUAUUGUUCGACACUGAGGUAUCGAAAUUGAUCAAGCUAAGCCCCAUACCUGGAAAGCCAUUAAUAUUAUACAUUUCAGCACAGGAAAGGUCAGUGGGAGCACUACUAGCUCAAGGAAACAACGAAGGCAAAGAAAACGAACUUUAUUACUUGAGUAGGAUGAUGACGCCAAAUGAGCUCAAGUAUUCACCUAUUGAGAAGUUAUGUUUGGCACUUGUCUUCUCCAUUCAGAAGCUGAAGCAUUACUUCCAAGCUCACGUUGUGCGACUCAUCUCAAGAGCGAAUCAUAUCAAGUUUGUCAUGUCUAAACCAGUACUAAGUGAUCGAUUAGCGAGGUGGUACCUCCAAUUUCAACAAUUUGAAAUUGUGUAUGUUCCUCAAAAGGCGUUGUCUGAUAAAUUGCCUGAUGAAGAUGCAAUGGUCAUAGAAAUUCAACCUCCUUGGAAGAUGUAUUUUGAUGGCGCUGCACAUCGUGAAAGAGUUGGCACUGGAAUAGUGUUUAUCACUUCUCAAGGAGAAGUUUUGCCAUAUUCUUUCACACUGACACAACAAUGCUUCAAUAAUGUUGAUAAAUAUCAAGUACUCAUACUUGGGCUUGAAAUGGCUGUGGAUAUCAAACAAUUCUAUAAGGUCAAGAAGCCAGACUUGGUGCCAUAUCAUAAAUAUGCUCAAAGAUUGGUAAGUUGGCUUGGAGAGGUAACUAUUCAACACGUGCCGAGAAAGGAAAAUAAGAGAGAUGAGGCAUUAUCAACCUUAGCUUCUACAUUAUCUUUGCCUGAUCAAACACAAGUCGUUAUUUGCCAAAGAUGGAUAGUUCCUCCACCAAAUGACUAUGAGAAAGAAAAAAGCGAAGUCGAGCAUCUUGCUUCUGUUCUUGAGGUUGAAAUUGAAGAUUGGCGACAACCAUUAAUCGAUUAUCUUUGUUAUGGGAUAUUGCCAGAAAAUCCCCGAAGGAAGACAGAAAUUCAAAGGAGAGCCCCUCGUUUUCUUUAUUACAAGGAUACACUCUAUAGACGAUCAUUUGAUGGGGUGCUCUUAUGUUAUUUGGGGACUGAUGAAUCCCUUCAAGCCCUGCAAGAAGCACACUCUGGAGGUUUGGAUGUUGUUGGUACAUUGCCAAAGUCUUAUGGUGGACAUCUAUACAUUUUGGCUGCGACUGAUUACUUCUCAAAGUGGGCUGAAGUUAUUUCUCUUAAGGAAGUAAAGAAGGAAAAUGUGGCUAAAUUCAUCCGAGUCAAUAUUAUCUAUCGCUUUGGCAUUCCUCGAUAUAUAUUGACGGACAAUAGUAAGCCAUUUGAUAACAAGUUGAUGAAUAAGAUAUGUGAUCUUUUUGGCUUCAAGCAACGCAAUUCCUCCAUGUAUUAUGCUGCUGUCAAUGGACUUGCUGAAGUAUUUAACAAGGCACUCUGCAACUUGUUGAAAAUGGUUAUCUCUAAGUCUAAGAGAGGUUGGCAUGAGAGAAUGGAAGAAGCUCUUUGGGCAUACAGGACCACAUAUCGCACACCAACACAAGCGACUCCUUAUUCACUUGUUUAUAGAGUUGAAGCAGUCCUUCCACUUGAGCGUCAAAUCCCGUCAUUGCGGCUUGCCAUUCAAGAAGGACUCACUGAUGAAGAAAAUGCCCGGUUACACCUUGAAGAAUUGGAAGCUCUUGAUGAAAAGAGUCUAGAAGCUCAACAUAGCCUUGAAUGA